AUGGCAAGCUCCACCCAUGAUGUUGCACCUUCAGAGGUCACCAUCGAAACACCAAAGGUGCAUUGGCCACUCUCGUACCGCAUACAACCACAACAGCCCAAAGCCUCGUCACUUCAGUCUUAUGGCUUCUCGUCUACUCAAGCUGCACCCAAACCAUGGUGGAGUCAUCGUCUCUACCGAGGCCCUGGAGGCAAAGAAGUCGAGAUCCUGUAUAGCAAAACCAAAGCGCAAUCCGAAACAUACGCGAAGCAAUUCCUUGAUGAGCCAGUCAUCGGAUUUGAUAUGGAGUGGCCAUGGAAUGAUUGGAAAAAGGAUAAUUUGCAAAACAAGAUUGGAUUGAUUCAAAUUGCGUCCGAGGACAAAAUCGCGCUAUUUCAUAUUGGCUUGCAUCCAGGGAAGACGAGUGAAGAGAUUAUCGCGCCGACACUGAAACGCAUUCUCGAGGACCCUAAGAUUGGCAAAGUUGGUGUAAAUGUGUUGAAGGCGGACUUCUCGAGGUUGAGCCGUUUCUUUGGGCUCAAACCAAAAGGUGCCGUCGAAUCGAGCCAUCUAUACCGUCUUGUGAAGUUUGGCCCUAGGAAACCAGAGUUGGUAUCUGUCAAGCUCGUGAGCUUAGCGCACCAAGUUGAAGAGCAGCUCGGUCUGCCCCUGUACAAGGGCGAUGUGCGCACGAGUAAUUGGAGCAAACCACUGUCAACGGAUCAGAUCAACUAUGCAGCUGGCGAUGCAUACGCAGGCUUCAUGCUCUACAAGUGUAUGAAUGCAAAGAGGCUUGCCAUGAAACCCACGCCGCCAUUACCGAUCCACGCGGAGAAAUAUCCGAGUGGCAAGGCAUCGAGAGACGACCCAAUAAUUUUGGAUGUCGGAGACGGUACAACUAUCACAACAGAAGCUUUCUUCAGCGUCAAACCUGCAAAGAGCGGUGUAUCAGGGACCAGCUCUAAAGCACCGAAGAAGACAAAGACUACAAAAAGCAGUGCACAGCCUCUGAAUGAUCUUACUCAAGCAUUAUACGAAGAAUUAGCUAUUCGUCGGGCGUCCCUAGCCGAAACUAGAAAGUUGCAGCCACACCGCAUCAUCCCUGAUACUUUACUGGAAUCAAUUGCGCGUGCACAGCCUUGCGAUACCGAAGGCUUGCUUGCAAUAAAGGGCAUUGGAAAGAUCCAACAGGCAAAGUUCGGCGAUGAAUGGCUUGAGGUCAUCUCACUAUUCCUAGCGACAAACGGUAUCGAGCCAUCAGCCAAAGUCGCAAAGCCGUUACCGUCCAAGUCUGAAAACCAGCCGCCACAAACACCUCACCGCUCGAAGACACGACGGAAAGAUAUCAGUGAUAGCUCUUCAGAUUCCUCUCCAGCUUUCGACACUGCACUUACUAGAUCACCUCAACUGAAUACUGGCCUAUCUUUUGGAAUGGCAGAAACAAAAAUUGACGUAGACAACGGCAACAGAUCCGAUGAAAGCACAUCAUCCUACGACUCGGAUGAUACACUUCCAUCUCUUGACUUUGGCAGUCCGGGCCGAAGGCGCAUAAGCUCCGGUACAAAACGCAAACGCGCCCAGAGUCCAGUAAAAUGCGAGAUGGAGCAGACACCUCAGCCGUUGCAAACACCUUCAAAGCCGAAAGUGGAUCUAACACAGCAACCGACGUUAAACCACGACCUUGCCAUUGCGAGCACAGAGGCAUCUUCAACGCGAAGCACAGCACUAUCUCCUGGCUCACGGAUCGCUCGUUCAAAGCUCCUGGCCUUGAGCAAACUUGUCAUGCGAAAGCUGCCUGCAAGACCUGCUAUCGCCCCACCUAUCGUAACGGAGCACACACUAGACAUGAUUAUUAGAGCAAGACCGCAGACACAAGAAGAUCUGGAACGUAUUCCAGGGAUAGAGACAUUUGUUUUGAGUUGUCAGGAGACGGGGACGAAUUUGCUGAAGAACAUAGUCAAGUUUGUGCCACCUCGGCCGCCAUGA